AUGGGGACGAGGGGAAGGAGGAAUCGGAAACAAGCCAGCAUUGCCCAGGUCGUCUCUCUCCGAGGCUUCAACCAAAUUGAGACAGCCGAGAGCUUGCAAGGCAGAGAUAAGUGCGAACGGAAGAGACGAAGCAGAAACAGAGGCAGACGCAGUGGAAGACGAAGAAAUAAGUGCAAGAUUCCUUUUCCUUUGCCUUUCGAUCUGGUGCUCGAAAUUCUGAAGAGAUUGCCAGCAAAGUCCCUAAUGAGGUUCAAGUGCGUCUCAAAGGAGUGGUCAUCAGUCAUCUCUGGUCCAUACUUCACCAAGCUUUUUCUUACCGCCACUGGACAACAAGCACCACGCCUCUUCUUGUGUUUAGUGGAGAGAGACGUGGAAAAUCUACUGCUGUCAUCAUCAACCUCUCCUCCAGACAAGAAUUGGUUUGUGGUCAGCCAAGAUUUGACCAUCCCAAAGUUGCCAUCUCUCUACUUCUUCAACGGUCUUCACGGCUUGAUCUGUUUCACAAUCUCUAGCACAGAGGCUUGUGUCUAUAACCCCACCACUGGACAACUCUUGAAACUACCCUCCAUCAACAACUCCAACAUGCCUCAAAUGGUGACUACCCGUUACUUUAUCGGACAUGAUCCCGUUAGUGAUCAAUACAAAAUACUCUGCACGAUCGCGUCUUUCUCGGGAGAUCUUGAAAACAUGAAGUCGGAGCAUUGGGUCUUGCUACUAGGAGCAGGAGGUUCGUGGAAAAAGGUGGAGUCUUAUGAUCUUCAUCAUGCUCCGGGCACAAUAGGGCGGUCUAUCAAUGGACCUGUAGUACAUUAUUUGGCUUGGCUUGAUUUUCACACUUGUGCGGUUGUGAGUUUCGACAUAAGGUCCGAAGUGUUGACUACUGUCCCAGUACCUCAACCCCAGGAGGCCGAGCGGUCUUCAGCUACGAUGAAGGCGGGCCUUGUGGAGUAUUGUGGAAAAAUAGCUGUUUUUGAUAAUAGCCUUAUAGACAAGGGUUCGGUGGAUAUAUGGGUAUUAGAGGACGCCGGGAAGAUGGAAUGGUCUAACAAGACUCUGUUUUUGCGGCCUCGUCAAAGGCAUUUAGUCGAUGACUUUUUACUAGUCGUAAAAGGUACAACCCGGGACGGCAAGGUCAUCUUGGCACCGUGCAUGAUGCGUUCUCGGUUCUACAUUCUGUUUUAUGAUAUGCACAGCAAUGAUUUGACAAAGAUCCAAAUCAAAGGAGUACCAAAAUUGUGGUUUGACAAAGACUGCUUUUCUGACUUUAAGUUCAUGGAUGAGAGUGAUAGCAAUAUUUGUUUUCGAUGCCUUUAA